AUGGCAUCAACAGAAUCAGUCAACUUGGUCACACUGGACAAUCUCGACGAGGUAUGGCCUCGCUGGGACCCUGCCGACUCGAACCACCUCUAUGCCUUGGUUGAUAUGGGCAGUAAUGGCAUUCGGUUCUCCAUUUCCGACCUCUCCCCGCCACAGACUCGCUUGCUCAAGUGUCUUUACCAGGAGCGAGCCGCCAUCUCCCUCUUCGAUGCCCUGAGCGAGUCUUCAGCUGGUGGCCCCCCGCUUUUCCCCGACAAAACCAUCGCCCUUGUGGCCGAGACACUGGCCCGGUUCCAUGCCAUUGCUGUCAACGAUUACGGCGUACCCCCCGACCAUGUGACCGUCUUUGCUACAGAGGCCAUGCGGAAAGCGGGCAACGCUGCUGUAAUGCUACAGACCAUCGAGGCCGAGGUCCCUGGACUUGCUAUCAAGAUUCUGCACCCCCAAGUUGAGACCCUGUUUGGCUCACUAGGAGCCAGAUCGGCCUUUUCUCGUCCCAAGGGUCUCUUCCUUGACCUUGGCGGUGGCAGUGUCCAGAUGUCUUAUCUGGACACCACCGGUCAAGAUGCCGACUAUCACAUCCACGCAGCACAGGUCGGCAGGAGUUUGCCUUUUGGUGCUGCUCGCUUGAUCAAAAUCCUCGAACACGACGAUGCUGACUUCAAGACCAACGAGGUUUCGAAGCUCAACCAAGGUAUGAAGCUGGCUUUUGCCAGGCUUUGCGAGACCUUCCCUGCCCUUGCGGACGAAGCCAAGGGUACACAAGGCAUUGACAUUUAUCUCUGCGGAGGAGGGUUCCGAGGCUACGGCAGCAUGCUGAUGCACAACGAUGCAAUCUCCCCGUAUCCCAUACCAGCAAUAGGCUCCUACAAAGUCACGGGCGAAUUCUUUGCCAAGACCAGUCAUAUGCUCGAAGUGAACACCAACUUCAAGAAGAAGAUCGUCGGAAUGUCCAAGCGCCGCCGAGCCCAAUUUCCUGCCAUCGUCACGGUCGUUGAGGCUCUCAUCUCGGCCGUUCCACGCAUACGAUCGGUCACGUUUUGUGCCGGAGGAAACAGAGAAGGUGCGCUCAUGAUCAGGCUGCCCCAGGAGAUUCGCGAGAGCGAUCCUUUGGAUUGUCUCCAAGCCGAGGCAUCACUCCAAAGCAUUGUUGAUAUACUGUCAUCAGCUCUGCCAGCUGACUAUGGCAGCCCAAAAACGGUCUUUGGUCUUGGUCUUGGCCGCCUGUUCGUGAGCAAGAUUUGGUCUGACAUCGGCGUCGAUACCCUUGACCAUGCCUCUGCCGCUUUGCACAGCGCCAUCACGGAGCACCCGGAUUGUCCUGGUCUAUCGCACGCGGCCCGGGCUGUAAUGGCUCUGACACUUUGUGCAAGAUGGGGCGGUAGCGUCACUCCGGCGGAUGAACAGCUGUUGAACAACUUGCGGGCAUUGGCCGAUACUGUCAACCCGGACGCUGUGUUUUGGGCGGGCUACAUUGGAGCUGUAGCUACCAUACUUGCAAAACUGGCACCAACGGUCCAGGAUGCUCAUCAACUUGGAGACAAGGUUCAGUUCAGAUCGACCGUGGAACAGUCCGACGAUAAUAAGGGGUUUCAAGUCCGCCUCAACCUCCAGGUUGUCGAAACAGCUCUUCGAGGCAUUGACACCCGAGAUCUGAUAUCCCAUUUCGAACAAGUCGGCUCGCAGAGAGAGCAAGAUUCCAGCAAAAAGGUCAUUGUGGACAUAAGCACGCUUCCUUGA